CUGAAAUUAUUCUAGAACUACUUUAUAAAGCUGCAAUCGGUCACCAAUGCCAUCUCAUUCUAAUCAAUACUAAUGAUUUACAUGCAGGUCUAGGUUCUGCUCUUCUUCUCGUGAAAGAAGUUAUAGACAUUCCAAUAGAUGUUCUAGGACACCUGACAGAAGUAAUAGGA